GCUCAGUUUGAUUCUCUUUUUUAUCCUUCGUCUCUUCUUCCACUCUUCGUCUUACCACCAACAACACAUUAAACAAUGUCUGAGAUUCGAAGGAAAUUGGUCAUCGUAGGAGAUGGUGCUUGUGGAAAGACAUGCUUGUUGAUCGUAUUCUCCAAAGGCACUUUUCCAGAGGUGUAUGUGCCCACUGUGUUCGAGAACUACGUCGCCGAUGUCGAGGUGGAUGGGAAACACGUUGAACUGGCGUUGUGGGAUACGGCCGGCCAGGAAGACUACGACCGCCUCCGCCCGCUCAGCUACCCCGACUCGCACGUCAUCCUUAUCUGUUUCGCCGUCGACUCCCCCGACUCGCUUGAUAACGUCCAGGAGAAGUGGAUCUCAGAGGUGAUGCAUUUCUGCGCGGGGUUGCCGAUAAUCUUGGUUGGAUGCAAGAAGGAUCUCAGACGCGACCCUCGUGUGAUUGAAGAGUUGAGAAAGACGAGCCAGCGACCGGUCUCGCCCGAGGAGGGUAUGGCGGUUGCACAGAAGAUUGGAGCACGACACUACCUCGAAUGCUCAGCCAAGACUGGCGAAGGCGUCCGCGAAGUCUUCCAGUACGCAACCCGAGCAGCUCUCCUCAGCAAGCCUGGAAAGAGAAAGCACAGCCACUGCAUUGUCCUCUAAUGUCAUCACUGUCGUCGUCGUCCCCCUCCAUCCAUCCUCGUCGUCCCCCUUCCCGUCAUUUGGAAUAUGAACAAUCGUAAUCGUCGUGCGUUGCGCCCGUCUUGAUGUAGAUGAUCAUGAUCGGUUUUGGUGAGGGGAGGGGAGGGAGGGCAGAGAAUUGUUGGAUGGAUUUUCUGCGUGGUUUUGGCUCCAACGGACCUCUGCCUCUCUCUUGUUCUUGCGUGCACCCCCCUUCCCCCGCCGACUGUUCUGGUUUCCGUUCCCUUUUUUUUUACCCACUAUAUGUAUCUCGUCUCCUUGCGGGCUCACAAUUAGCUUUGUUUCCCUCUCCCUCUGUCUCUCUG